GUUCUUGGCGUCUAACUCCAGCCUCAUCCUCUAACUUCGUUGUAGUCGUAUCUCGUAUGUGCUUCUAAGUUCUACCCGCUGCCUGUAGACACGCCGUUCUCUCUCUGGCUCUUCUGUCUCUCUCCCGCUCUCUUAUCUGGGGGAGCGAAGUGAAGAUUGUGGCUUCAGGAGACCAGACCACAACCAAGGAGCAGGGCCAUUCAGAUCCUGCAUCCUGUUAAAUGGCCAUCAUUCAUUGUGGAAGCACAUCCCUUGCCCAAUGGGGUACACGACCUCAGCUUAUGCCGAGGUCAUCAAUGACAAACAGAAUAGUGAUGUGCCAAUACAGCCUAGACAGCAGGAUGAGACAUCUAUCAGCGCCAAGUUCGAGCUUCUUAUCACGGGAAUCCUUGCCUGUGAUAUCUUUUAUGGGACCAUCCAAAACCUUGCGUCAACGUAGGGGAUCACGGUUUACAGUUAGAGCAGAUGCUGACUUCUAUUCUGUACUUGGAGUGUCAAAGAAUGCAACUAAAUCUGAGAUUAAAAGUGCUUAUCGGAAGCUUGCAAGGAGCUAUCAUCCAGAUGUGAACAAAGAUCCCGGAGCAGAGCAGAAGUUCAAGGACAUAAGUAAUGCAUAUGAGGUCUUGUCCGAUGAUGAGAAACGAUCUUUAUACGACCGAUAUGGCGAGGCUGGGAUUAAAGGCGCUGCUGGCAUGGGAGCAUCGGAUUUCAGCAACCCAUUCGAUCUAUUCGAGUCGUUAUUCGACAUGGGCAACAUGGGCGGUAUGGGUGGCAGGGGAGGCUCCAGAAACAGGGCAGUCGACGGCCAGGAUGAAUACUACAACCUCGUGUUAACAUUCAACGAAGCAGUCUUCGGCGUCGAAAAGGAGAUCGAAAUCUCCCUCCUCGAAAGCUGCGGCACCUGCAACGGCUCCGGAGCCAAGCCCGGAACAAAGCCAACAAAAUGCAACACCUGUGGCGGGCAAGGACAGGUCGUAACUUCAGCUCGAACCCCCCUCGGCGUCUUCCAGCAGGUGAUGACCUGCAACACGUGCGGCGGUGCUGGGGAAACGUUCAGCCCGUGCAACACGUGUUCUGGCGACGGACGAGUCAGGAAGGCGAAGCGAAUCAGCUUGAAAGUACCCGCUGGAGUGGACUCCGGCAGCAGGCUGAGGGUCCGGUCGGAAGGCAAUGCCGGGAGGAGAGGUGGUGGCCCCGGCGAUCUCUAUGUGAUGAUCGAGGUCAUCCCGGACCUUGUCCUGAAGCGUGAUGGCACCAACAUUCUGUACUCGUGUAAGAUCUCGUACGUGGACGCGAUAUUGGGGACCGCGAUUAAGGUCCCGACGGUGGAUGGGAUGGUUGAUCUGAAGAUCCCCGGAGGGACACAACCCAACACUACCUUGGUGAUGGCGAAGAAAGGCGUCCCGGUGUUGAACAAGAGUAAUAUGAGAGGGGAUCAGCUGGUCCGGGUGCAGGUCGAGAUUCCGAAGAGGCUGAGCAGCGAGGAGAGGAAGCUUGUUGAAGAACUUGCUGAUCUAAGGCCAUUCAGAUCCUGCAUCCUGUUAAAUGGCCAUCAUUCAUUGUGGAAGCACAUCCCUUGCCCAAUGGGGGACAAGACCUCAGCUUAUGCCGAGGACUUCUAUUCUGUACUUGGAGUGUCAAAGAAUGCAACUAAAUCUGAGAUUAAAAGUGCAUAUCGGAAGCUUGCAAGGAGCUAUCAUCCAGAUGUGAACAAAGAUCCCGGGGCAGAGCAGAAGUUCAAGGACAUAAGUAAUGCAUACGAGGUCUUGUCCGAUGAUGAGAAAAGAUCUUUAUACGACCGAUAUGGCGAGGCUGGGGUUAAAGGCGCCGCUGGCAUGGGAGCAUCGGAUUUCAGCAACCCAUUCGAUCUAUUCGAGUCGUUAUUCGACAUGGGCAACAUGGGCGGUAUGGGAGGCAGAGGAGGCUCGAGAAACAGGGCAGUCGACGGCCAGGACGAAUACUACAACCUCGUGUUAACAUUCAACGAAGCAGUCUUUGGCAUCGAAAAGGAGAUCGAAAUCUCCCUCCUCGAAAGCUGCGGCACCUGCAACGGCUCCGGAGCCAAGCCCGGAACAAAGCCAAUGAAAUGCAACACCUGUGGCGGACAAGGACAGGUCGUAACUUCAGCUCGAACUCCCCUCGGCGUCUUCCAGCAGGUGAUGACCUGCAACACGUGCGGCGGUGCUGGGGAAACAUUCAGCCCAUGCAACAAGUGUUCCGGUGAUGGACGAGUCAGAAAGACGAAGCGAAUCAGCCUGAAAGUUCCUGCUGGAGUGGACUCCGGCAGCAGGCUGAGGGUCCGGUCGGAAGGCAAUGCCGGGAGGAGAGGUGGUAGCCCCGGCGACCUCUAUGUGAUGAUCGAGGUCAUCCCGGACCCUGUCCUGAAGCGUGAUGGUACAAACAUUCUGUACUCUUGUAAGAUCUCGUACGUGGAUGCGAUAUUGGGGACCGCGAUUAAGGUCCCGACAGUGGAUGGGAUGGUUGAUCUGAAGAUCCCCGGAGGGACACAACCCAACACUACCUUGGUGAUGGCGAAGAAAGGCGUCCCGGUGUUGAACAAGAGUAAUAUGAGAGGGGAUCAGCUGGUUCGGGUGCAGGUCGAGAUUCCGAAGAGGCUGAGCAGCGAGGAGAGGAAGCUUGUUGAAGAACUUGCUGAUCUAAGUAAGGGUAGUAAAACAGCCAACAACCGAAGAUAGCCUAUUCGAAAAGAUUCAACAUUAGGACAAUAUGAUCUCGUAGAGGUCGUGCUCAGCAUAGUCGAACGCCAGGUAGAGUGACAUGUCGUUGUGGUUGAUGUGUACGUUGACGAGCUUCACAACGUUCUCGUGCGUUAUUUCUCGUAACAACAUGAUCUCGCGGAUGGCGGUGGGGGAGACACCGUCACCAUCUUUAGACUGCUUAAAUUUCUUGAUGGCGAUGGAUUUGCCACGGCUUGAAGGCGGUGACUUGGUUUUGGCCAAGAAUACAAGACCGUAAGUACCUUCCCCGAUCUUGCCAAUAAGGUUGUACUGCUGGAGCCAUUCUGGCUUCUCACUGUUGCCACCACCACCACUGCCUCUGUUGUUGCUACCAUCUCCCAUUGUCUUUCUAAGUUGAACAGCAAGCCCCAACUGAGCUCACCUCACAUCAGAGCAUGUUUUGUUGUCCAAGACAAUAAGAUGGAAAUGCCACCACCCAAUAGCUUGUUGCAAUUGUUAACUACAAAAAUUGACGAGAUGAAAGAAAAGGAUCAGAAAUGUCUCCAGUAACUACAAUCUUUCAAUCAGAAUAGUGUCAAGCACUACUAAAUCCUACAGACUGCACUUUGCAACAUUAGAACUAGAUGCAGAAGAGAUUUUUGAACUGGUCAAGAGCCAUAGAUAAGGGACUCAGAAUGAUAAAGAAUAGUGAGAACUAGGCACCAGCUUCCACAACACUUCGUUGGAAAAAUUCUCUAUCUAGUCCAGCUAUGGAAGACGCACUUAGGGUUCUUCGGCUGGUUUGUUAAGUAAACAAAUGUCUAAGCUUUUGAGCAAUCAAAUGAGUUCUUCCAAACCCAACAGCUGAAAUUUGCUGAAAAGUAUUAUACUUCUCCCACCCACAUCAUCUCUUGCGCAGGGGGGGAAAGCAGUAAACUUCAAUCGAUUGAAGUACCAACCAAAUUGCCCACAAAAUACCUACCUCUGCAGAACCAAAAAACACUCGGGAAACCGCAAAAUUAUUGAAAACAGCGAAGAAAGAAGGAAUUGCUUCGCUUACAGUAACUGAGAAACAAGAGCUGCGGAUCCGAAAAGCCAGAGUAACUUAGGAUCGGAAGAUGGCAUGAAAAGAACGAGGAGAUGAACGCCGGCGAACGGAGCAAGCGGGCGGUUGCAGGGACGCCUGACAACGAGGAGCCGAGUAGAGAGAGGGAGUUCCAGGUCCGGAUCCGAAUCAGAUGGCUGAAGGACUGAAAGAGAAGCUAGGUGGUUGGAUCUUUGGCCAAAAAUGGAGACAAAAAUUUAUGAACCGACGAAAAUACCAAGUCGGAUCUUCUUUUACCGUUGCCGUUUCC